AUGAAGGAUUACCUGCGCGGGGUGGAUGCUUCGUCGCAAAGCGGAACCAUCUUGGGCCUGCUGGACGAUGAAGAGUACGACCUCGCACAGUCCUCAGGCAUAUCCACCUCCCUGCCGGCGUCAGAAAUCCUGGAUCGCCUUCGUGCAAUUCUCGGGGCGUCUGUGCACCCGUGGAUUCUGCAAUCAGAAUUCCGGAGCCGUUUCCAACAGCCGGGCGAAGGAGUUCUCGACUACCAGCAGGCCCUUCGUCUCCUGGGACGGAAGGCUUUUCCCACCAUGGAUGCUGCAGCCCUCACUCAGCGGGUGUUGGAGCAGUUCGUCGCUGGUGUCAGGGAUCCUGAAGUCCGGAAGGCCUUGAUGCGGGGGCAACCGGCUACUCUCGACAAGGCCCUUGACCUGGCACGUCAGGAGGAGGCGCUUCAGGCGGUCUGCGAUCGACCUGCUCAACCCCUCCUCGGCAUCGCUGCUGUCCGGCCGCAGACGGUUCGUGACUCUGCUACUCAAACGUCCUGGCGACCCUGCUCCUGCGGCUCCUUCUACUCCCGACAGAACCAGUGGCGUCGUCCACCGCCCCGUCGCCCCAAUGGUCCCCAGAACCGUCGGCCUGUCCAGUCAAUCGACGUCGGCCCACAGGACAGUAGCGGUAAGUACUACAUUGUUUCUGAUUCAGCUGUUUCAUGCUUCGGUCCUACUAUUUGCCCUUUAGUUGAAGGAUUUGUAGGCAGCACUAGUCUUUCAUGCCUAGUAGACUCAGGCGCUGGUUGUUCUUUGAUACGUCAGCAGUCCUUUUUAGAGUUCCAAACGAGGAUUAGGUAUUGUGAUAGGCCUAAUUUUAAACUUCAUACUGCAAAUGGCACUCAUCUUAGGCAUACUGGGCUUGUGGAGUUUUCUCUUGACCUCUCAGGUCUUAUUUUUACCCACCAUUUUGUCGUGUCCCCGGACAUCACCUGGGACUGUAUAAUAGGUGUUGACUUUUUAAACAAGUUUAGAUGUUCCCUUGAUUUCGGUAGGCAUUCUUUACGUGCCGCCACUGUCAGUGUGCCUUUUCUUCGCAGUCUCCCUGAGCCGCGGAGGGUAUCCACUUGCGCGGUUAGUGUUGAUGUUAAGGACCUAGUCCCGGCACACCUCGACGAAGGUAGCGCCUGGAAGCUCAGCCAGUUAAUAAGCGAAUUUAAGGACAUCUUUGACUGGGAUGGCAAGUCCACGGGGAGGACAGGUGUGACGGAGCACUGCAUCGACACGGGGGAUGCGAGACCAAUCCGGGUUCCUCCCAGGCGACUUCCAAUCUUUUACCAGAAGGAACUAGAUGCUCUUUUCAAUGAUAUGCUUAGUCGUAAUAUUAUAAGGCCCUCUCAGUCGCCCUGGUCAUCCCCCAUUGUACUUGUAAAGAAGAAGGACGGGUCAAUGCGAUUGUGCAUUGACUAUAGGAAGCUAAAUGCAGUGACUAAGAAAGACUCCUUUCCUCUCCCACGAAUAGAUACCACGUUAGACGCUCUCGCUGGAAAUGUUAUGUUUUCGACACUUGAUUUAGCUUCGGGCUAUUGGCAAGUUGAAGUGCGUCCCUCUGAUAGGGAAAAGACUGCCUUCGCGGUCCCCUCUGGCCUUUACGAGUUCGAAACGAUGCCCUUCGGCCUAGCCAAUGCCCCCAGCACUUUUCAGAGGUUGAUGAACCAGGUGCUUGCACAGUUAAUACCAACCUCGUGUUUAGUAUACAUGGAUGAUAUAAUCGUCCUCGGAAAGGACUUUGAUAGCCACCUUAGUAACAUCAGGGCUGUGUUUAGCAGUCUCCGACAGGCAGGGUUAACCCUGAAGCCCUCCAAAUGUGUUUUUAUAAAGCCCCGCGUGAAGUUUUCAGGCCAUGUAGUCUCAGCCGCGGGGAUAGAGACUGACGACGACAAGGUCUCACAAAUCCGUGAGUGGCCCACUCCCUCCGAUGUGACGGAGGUCCGCAGUUUCCUAGGUCUCGCCUCCUAUUACAGGCGAUUUAUUAAGGAUUACGCCCAAAUUGCCGGGCCGCUCCACAAGCUUACGCAGAAAAACGUAAAGUUCAAGUGGACUGCUGACUGUACCAACAGCUUCCAGACGCUAAAAGAUAAGCUAUGUACCACCCCAAUUCUAGUCUUUCCUGAUAUUAGUAAUGAUGCCGGAAAGUUCAUCCUGGAUACCGAUGCCAGCGACACCGCAAUCGGCGCGGUUCUCUCUCAGCAACAGCUAGACGGCACCGAGCGUGUCAUCCAGUAUUUAAGUAGAUCGUUGACCAAGGCAGAACGGCGCUACUGCGUGACUCGAAAAGAGAUGCUGGCCCUCACGCACUUUGUGGAAGAAUGCCGGCCAUACUUUCAGUACCGGCCGUUCGUCGUACGCACUGACCACAGUGCCUUGACUUGGCUACGAAAUUUUAGAAAUCCUGAAGGGCAGGUAGCUCGUUGGCAAUAGAAGUUAGCGGAAUACGACUUCGAAUGCGUGUUCCGACCCGGUCGCCAACAUGGCAACGCGGACGCUCUUUCGAGGAAACCGCAUCGCCCUCACGGGGAGUGCCCGUCAUGCACGGACAUUACUAUCUCGGCUAUCGCUUUGCAAAGCGACCAAUGCCUUCUCUGGGCCGCAGCCCAAAGGGAUGACCCUCAUAUCCGUCCCAUUUAUGAUAGGAAGGUCAGUAACGGUAGGCCCCUUAAUAAAGCUGAGCUAGCGGGUUGUAGUUAUGAGACGCGAUGCUUACAUAGCCUUUGGGACAAAUUGUUCAUCGAAAAUGGUGUUCUAUUCUAUCGCGACAACGAACAAUACCCAAGGCGAGUCGUCCUACCGCUUUCGAUGGUGGAGGACGUGGUCAAAAGGAUGCAUGCGGAACUAGGGCAUUCCGGCAUCCAUAAGACCGAGUGGGCACUCCGCCGACGUUACUACUGGCCGAAUCAGAAGACCGACAUACAGAACGUUGUCCGGUCUUGUGAGCGGUGUUUAGGCUUUAAGUCCCCCGGGCACUCCUACAGAGCCCCGCUACAGCCAAUUCAGACAGGCUACCCCAACGAGAGGGUAGCGGUAGACUUAGUUGGCCCGAUCGCGCCAUCCGCGAGGGGAAAUAGGUUUAUUCUCGUCAUGGUAGACUGUUUCACCAAGAUGGCUGAGGCAGUACCCCUACAGAUGCGUCUGCCCCCACAGUAGCCCGAGCCAUCUUCAACGGGUGGAUCUGCCGCUGGGGAGCCCCGGACCAACUCCACUCAGACCGAGGCUCGUCGUUCGAGAGCAGCGUCGUACACGAGUUGUGUAAGGUUAUGAAAAUUAAGAAAACACGCACUACUGCGUACCACCCACAAGGCAACGGCCAGGUGGAAAGGACGAACCGGACGCUGAUCAAUCUGCUGCGGGCAUUUGUCGACCGGAACUCAGCACUCACAUGGGACGAAGCCUUGCCGGCGUGCAUGUUGGCUCACCGAUCCACGGUAAAUGCCACUACGCAACAAACGCCGUUCUUCCUAACGUGCGGGAGGGAGAUGCAACUCCCCGAAGAUCUCCAUCUACUCCCUACACAUCCGGUUGAGAACGUCGACACGUACGCCUCGAGGAUGCGGAAAACUCUGCGCAUAGCAUCGGAGGAAGCGCGAUUGCACCUCCAGGAAGGUCAGCGCCGUCAGAAGGCAUUCUAUGAUCGUCUAGCACACGGGACGCCCUAUCAAGAGGGAGAUAUCGUGUGGAUGCGGAAUUUCGCCCCAUCGCCAAGUGUACCUCAAAAAUUUAAUCCAGCAUGGAUAGGCCCGUAUGUAGUUAGAAAGGUCCUCUCCGACACGACUUGUGUCGUUCGCAGCCAGGACAGACCGUACUCUGAAGAGUUUACGGUACACUUCAAUCGCUUAAAGCCAGGCCCAUCGACAGAGGAGGACACAGACCUUGCCGACUCGGGACCCAGCCCGUCUCACGAAUACAACGACCAACUAGUCGAACAGUAUUUAGAAGUCCCCCCAGACGGCGGUUACGCUUCGGCUGAGGUAUUCAGAGAUGGACACCCGAUAGCGAAGACUGUCGAAGUACCCCCAGAUGGUGGACCCGCCAUCGAACAAGAUGAUUCUGCUGAGGACAGCAGACCCUUUUCGCAAGAGGGAGCAAUGUAG